AUAUCCUCUGUCAACUCUGUUUCGGGAAACCUGGUGGGGCAGAUCCUUGGGCACCAUGCUGACGGAACUGGAGAGUGCCAUAAACUCCCUCAUUGAGGUUUACCACAAGUACUCCCUGGUGAAGGGGAAUUACCACGCCCUCUACAGAGAUGACUUGAAGAAAUUGUUAGAGACAGAGUGUCCUCAGUACAUGAAGAAAAAGGAUGCAGACACCUGGUUCCAAGAGUUGGAUGUCAAUAGCGAUGGUGCAAUUAACUUCGAGGAGUUCCUCAUAUUGGUGAUAAAGGUGGGCGUGGCCUCCCACAAAGACAUCCACAAGGAGUAGCAGAGCCCUGGGCCCCGGGGCUGUCCCUGCCGAAUAAUAAAGUAGUUGAUACCUCA